AUGCUAGAAGAAGACGAAGACGCCAAAGAUAAUCUUGAAGAGGAAGGGGUCAAACCGAGACGGAGGCACAAGCAUCACAGAGGCGAGAAAGGUCACCUGUGUAGGAGGAUAUGCUCAUAUCUGAGAACAGCAUGGACUGGGGUGAAAUUCUCAUUGGACCAGGAGGUCGAAGAAGGUGAGCAACUGCCGCCCAGGGCCAGGCCCGACUCGCUCAAAUCUUUAACGAAGGCGACCAGAUUCACGGAACAGGAGAUCAAACGCAUAUACAGAGGUUUCAAGUCGGAAUGCCCCUCUGGACUCGUCAAGGAAGAAACGUUCAGAACGAUAUACUCACAAUUCUUCCCUCAGGGAGCAAACACGAGCCAAUAUGCAACCUACGUGUUCCACACUUUGGACCAGGGGAACAACGGAACACUCAGUUUUCAGGAUUUGGUCAUAGGUCUUUCUAUUUUAUGUAGGGGUUCUCUUGAAGAAAGACUGAGAUGGACAUUUUCUUUGUACGACAUAAAUAGGGACGGUAAAAUAACCAAGGAUGAACUCGCAGAUGUUAUUACGUCGGUCUACAAUCUUUUGGGAAGGCUGCAGCCGACGGAUGAGGAGGAUGAGCUCACUGCCAAAAUCGACGUCAUUUUUCAGAGGAUGGACAGAAACAAAGACGGUUUCAUAACGUGGGAAGAGUUCCUCGAAUGUUGUAUAACGGAUGAAGUCAUAACAAGCUCAAUGUCCAUAUUCGAUACGGCCAUUUGA